AUGGCUUGUGGCAAUUGUGAUGUCCUCCCACCGUCCGAGUCCACACCGCUUCUGGCCGGCGAUUCAUCAUCGCAGGCUCUAGUCUCAUCGCCCAAAGAUGACUGGUGGUCGGAACUAUGGCUUCUAAUGCGGUACUCGUUGCCGCUCAUCGCGACAUAUCUUCUGCAGUAUGGAUGGUGUGUUAUCAUCACAUUCCUUGCCGGCCAUCUAAGUGCCGAUGACCUCGCCGCCGCAAGCGUUGGGAUGACUACGAUGAAUAUCUUUGGAUUUGCCGUCUUUGAGGGCAUGGCAACGGCCCUAGACACCCUGUGCGCCCAGGCUUAUGGGUCUGGGAACCUGACCGGUGUCGGUUUACAUGUUCAGCGUAUGCUGAUUCUAAUGGCGUUCACCGCUGUGGGCAUCGCUGCCGUCUGGACAGCCUCGCCGUGGAUAUUAGCGCUGUUCAUUAAGCAACAACACCUGGCAGUUAUGGCAGGGUCUUUCCUGCGCGUAAGUAUCAUCGGUAUGCCGGGUUACGCGUCAUUUGAGGCGUUGAAGCGCUUUCUACAAGCACAGGGGAACUUCAAAGCUGCCAUGUGUAUUCUUGUCGUGUGUACGCCGGUCAACGCAUUCCUUAGCUGGCUGUUUGCUUUCAAGUUAGGCAUGGGUCUUAAGGGUGCCGCUCUAGGCUCUGCGCUCACAAACAACCUUCGCCCGACGUUGCUGUUGUUAUACAUCAUAAGUCCUGCUGGUCGAUGGUCACACAAGUGCUGGGGAGGUUUUUCUCGUGCUGCGUUAUCAAUCUCCAAAUGGGGACCAAUGGUCAAGCUUUCUGUUGCAGGCUCGGCCGUGAAUUUGGCGGAAUGGGCCGCCUUUGAGAUUGUGGCCUUUAGUACGUCGUACUUGAGCACAAAGCAUCUUGCGGCUCAGACAGUGCUCACGACAAUAUCUGUCGUCUCGUGGCACAUCCCAUUCUCCAUGAGCGUUGCGAUAAGCACACGGAUUGGCCACCUCAUUGGUGCAGGACUAGUGUCUACAGCGCGACGAGCAGCUGCGCUAUACGGGUGCAUUUUUGCUUUGAUCGGUUCUGUUGAUGGCCUUAUCAUCUUUGCCCUGCGGAACCACCUGCCGCGAUUCUUCUCAGAGGAUCCCACCGUUUGCACGAUGGCUACCAAGACAAUGUUAGCGGUCAGUGUGUUCCAAGUGAUAGAUGCCUUCAUCUGUUUCACGAACGGGACCAUUCGUGGCCUCGGGCGUCAGUCUUUCGCUGCGUGGGUAGUUAUUGCUGUCAAUUACUCUGCUGCGGUCCCGGUUGCUAUCUGGUUGGAGCUGGGUCCGUCUGGUCUAGAACUGAAUGGCGUUUGGAUUGGUCUUGGUAGUGGUAUGGUGGUCAUUGCUGCCAUUGAAUGCUGCUAUAUGAAAUUUCUGAGAUGGCAUGAUUGCGUCGAGAGUGCCAAGCUCCGAGAAGGGUGA